AUGUCUCCAACAUCUGCAACGUACUUGCUUGAUCCCGAACAGGCUCGGCCUGUAGAAUUCAACUACCAGAAUUGCAUCUAUCAUGUCUGUCCCAACUGCGCCAGAGCUUAUGAGCUGAGAACUUGUCAUGGUGAACUCAUCGUGACCUUCGAACUCUGCGAGAAGCAUGUUGAUGCACACAACGACCGCCGCUUUGAUCAGGAUCUUCUCGAUCAAAUUCGCCAGGACAUCCAUCUCGUCUACCCACCUGAGAUCUGCGCUAUAACAACACCCCCCGAAUGGAUCCCAACUCUCCUGCAUGGCGACUACACCCGUGUCACCAGGGACGUCAAGCUCGAGACCGCGGAGCCAGUGAUCAUCUUUGCCCACGCCGAUGGCUGUUCACGGUCUGAGAAUCCAGACAUCGUCAUCAUCUCGCUCACAGCCAUUUCCCACCUAGACGACAUCGCCAGAACUCAUCUUGCAAAUAUCAAAGAUAUUCUCGACUCAGACAAUCCCACCGCCCGACUGGCCCUCAAGGCCGAGCACACGCGUCUCGAGAAUUGCCUCGCCGCAAGCAACACCGCGAAAGGAAUGUACAUAAAGUGCUGCACCGGCGAGUAUCGCAAUGCUCUCGACGACGAACUAAUCCCCGACUCGACCGCACCCAAUGGCUACCGUUCCUCAGACUUCGGCUACGCGGUGCUCGAUCUCGAAGGCCCAUGUGAAAGGAAACGCUGGACAUUCAAUGAAGACGGCUGGCCCAACCCCAUCCCAACCACAUUCACUUACUUGAAGCUGAAGAAGCAACUCGAGCACGUGACCAAUGGCCAGGAGACUGAGGAUGAUUUACUGCAGACGGCUUGGUACAUGACCCGCAGCGGCAAGCGGAGCGAGGGGUUUUUGAGGAAGUAUCCAGAUGGGAAGUACACUUCGCGAGGUUAA